CUGGCAGGUCCCAUCUCAGCCUGCAGCAUGGCCCUGGCACACAGAGCUGGAGCAGGAGGCCAGCUGGAGGGGAAAACAGCCUGAGACCCACUGAGCCCUGGGCCACCAGCUGCACGCACAUGCCUCUGGAAAGGAAAUCCUCACCCUCUGAAUUUUUCUUGUAUCCCCAGGUGAUGGCAGCCAGGAAAGGGAGGGUGACAGCCACCCCAGCCAGCCCCAUGGCCACCCCAGCUGGGCCAGGCUUCCUGGGCAGCUGGUUUACCCAGGUCCCAUUACCCAAAUGGGCACUCAUCUCUGUGGCUGUGGCAGUGGCUGUUCUCCUCCUCCUCUUGCUCAUCUGCAUCAUCAGCUGCUGCUGUCACAAGAAGAAGCCCAAGAAGAAGGAGAGAGUCAGCUUGCAUCCCAUCAGCAACUCCACCAUGGCCAACCUGGUCCAGCCUGAGAUGGAGGAUCUGGAGCGGGGUGUGGAGCAGACAGGGCGAGGAAAGCUGCAAUAUUCCCUGGAGUACAACUUCCGUGCUCAGGAGCUGAAAGUUGGCGUGAAGCAGGCAGCAGAGCUGAAGGCCAUGGAUAGUGGAGGAACAUCUGAUCCAUACGUGAUCCUCUACCUAACUUCUGAUACGAAGAAGAAGUACGAGACCAAGGUUUUCCGCAAGACCUUGAACCCUGUCUUCAACGAGACCUUUACUUUCCAGGUAGCCCAGGCAGAGGUGCCCGAGUCCACCCUGGUGAUGCAGAUCUAUGACUUCAACCGUUUCACCAAGGAUGCCAUCAUCGGUGAGGUCCGCUUGCCCCUGGCCAGUGUCAGCCUCCAGCACGUCAUCGAGGAGUGGGGUGACCUCGUGGCAGCCAGGAAAGUGGAGGAAGAGCAGCUGGGGGAGAUCUGCUUCUCUCUGCGCUACGUCCCCAGCACCAGCAAGCUCACAGUGCUUAUCCUGGAAGCCAGGAAGCUGAAGCAGAUGGAUUCCCGUGGCCUCUCAGAUCCUUUUGUCAAGGUGCAUCUCAUCCUGAACAGGAAGAAAUGGAAGAAGAAGACAACAAGUAUAAAGAAAAACACCUUAAGCCCUUACUUCAACGAGGUGUUUAUUUUUGAAGUGCCUUUCAGUCAGAUCCAGAACGUGGAUGUGGUCAUCUCCGUCUGGGAUCACGACAGAGUGACCAAGAACGAGCCCAUUGGCAAACUCUUCCUGGGCUGCCGGGCCACAGGCAACCAGCUGAGGCACUGGGCUGACAUGCUGGCCAACCCACGCCGGCCACUAGCCCAGUGGCACAGCCUGCAGCCUCCAGACCUCGUUGACAAAACUCUGGGGUUGAAGUCCCAGCUCAAGCUGCCCCUGCCCUCCAGAUAG